AUGUGGUUCUGGUUCUUUGAGUCCAGAAAUAAUCCUCGCAAAGCACCUCUCGUGAGCUGGUUUGGUGGCGGACCAGGCAACUCCGCGCAAUAUGGCAUGUUCACUCAACAUGGGCCCUGCGAGAUUCUAGAAGACGGUGCUGAACCCACUCUGCGAGAACACAGCCUGAACAAUCAUGCCAAUGUCCUCUACAUCGACCAACCAAUUGGCUCUGGUUUUUCAUAUGGCAAUGACGCAAUGGUCAAUUCCACCAAGGACUGCUCUCCCUACGUCUGGGCCUUUCUACAAUUGUGGUUUGAGGCAUUUGCCGAGUACGAAAACAAAGAUCUUUCGGUAUAUACUGAAUCCUACGGUGGACAUACCGGCCCAGAAAUCGUCAAUCACAUCCUUGGUAAGAACGUGAAGAUCAAGGCUGGAAAGACUAGUGGGGAUGUCAUUAAUGUCAAAGCAUUGAGCGCUAGUAACGCUUGGUUCGAUGCAAGGAUACAAGAGAAGGCCAACCUUGACUUCGCGCUCAAUAACUCAUACAGGCCCCUCAUCAACGAGUCUCUGUACGAAGGGCUUUUGGAAAAGUAUAAGAAUGAGGUCGUGCCAAGCCUGGAGAAGUGCGAUGAGAGUGGAACGACCAAGGACUGCUUUGCAGCGUAUCGAGGUUAUCUGGACGGUAUCGAACAGCCGAUUUGGACAACUGCCAUGGACAAAUACGAUGAUUGGAUCAUGGCUGAUAUUCAACCUGGCGGUGUUCGCCCUCCCACUUAUCAUCAGAAGUAUCUCGAGAGGGCCGAUGUGCAAAAGGCGAUUGGAGCCAGAGUAAACUACACUGAAAGUGGAGGCCAGUUCGGUAUUCUCGAAUCAGGCGAAGAUGCUAAAUCAUUCCUCGGCGAACUCUCACGUGUUGUUCAGGAUGGUGUUCAAGUGCUCAUAUGGGCUGGCGACUCCGACUACGUUUGCAACUGGGUUGGGACAAAAAGAGUUGCAGACGCAGUGGAUUGGCCGGGAAAAAGGGGGUUUGCUGAGAUGGAACUUGAGCCUUACAAGGUUCAGGGUGUCGAGCAAGCUACGUUCAAGUCUGUGGAGAAUCUACACUACGCGCGAGUUUUUAAUGCCGGUCAUAACGUCUGGUGGUACCAGCCUGAGACUUCGUUGCAGAUAAUGACGCAGUUUCUUUCAGGAAAUGGUCUGUCCUCUACAUAA